UGACAGGUUCAGUGUUUGGUAAAACAAAAUAACAAAAACAAAGAUUGCGUGAAACUAAAUUCCGCUUUGCGAUAAGUUGAAUACAUAUUAUUUUUUCUUAAAUUUAACUGCGUUUCAUACUAAGAAACUAGGAGUCGUGACGGAAAAUGACUUCUAAAGUUCUGCUAAAUAAACUUUCGAGUCUGUCGGCUAGAAAUGUAUAUAUUGUGAACUAUGUACCCUCACUAUCGUUUUCCUCGAAGCCACCUGAUAAGCCAGUAAGCCCUCGGAUGGAAGAAUUCCAGAAAAAACUGCGAGAGAAAACUCCUAUCGGUAAGCUGGAUGAAAUUGUUGGCAAACAUCCAUACCAAGAAAAAGAGCCCCUUGCACCGUGGCCAAACAAUACAAACCCUAAUACCGGUGAAAUCGGUGGCCCUCGAGGACCGGAACCAACUCGUUAUGGCGACUGGGAACGAAAGGGACGUGUCAGUGACUUCUAGACAAUGGUCCGAUUAUCACAGGCUUGAAAUUUUAAUUUAUUGUUUAUUACGUAAACCUGUGCAACUGUGUGGUUGGAACUACAAUAAGCCCAGGAAACAAACAAUAGAAAGUUAAUUAGACAUGAUAGGAUUAUAUUGUUUAUGCUUAAUGUUAUUAAACACUCUGAUUAGUCAUUUAAAAAAUAGUAAAA